UUCAGUGAGAACGGGACAGUAGAGAGACAGUCAGCACAGGAGCAGCACUGUGCGCUUUGUCCCGCAAUUACUACAACAGUAUUUACUGUUCAUACUAUACUAGCUACUUAGAGGGAUAUUAUUAAUUAUGCAUUAUCAAUAGUGCGUAAAGACAUGAGCACCAGAAACAGAUCCCCACCGGACUGAUCAAUAACAAACAUCCUCUUUCAUCAGGACCACUGGUUUUAAACCUGGACGUGCGUUUGCUUGUUCCCUAAACAAGUGGAUUUAAUUCUCUAUCCUGCUGUUGUAGAGAGAGUCGGAUGCGUUGAAUCGCUGUGUGAAGUGUAGAGCAUCAGCGUCAGUGGACUUCAUCCUCCUCCUCGGUCUCUGGAUCAGGACACAAUGGAUCUGACAGCGGUCGCGCUGCUCGUGUCGUUCAUCUCCGUGUCUCUGUCAGCGGAUAACGCGGGCGGCAAAGUGCGGAGCUGCGCGGAUGUGCGCCAGUUCUACAGCGGCAAAGGCUUCACGUUAAACGGCGUCCCGCAGUCCGAGAUAUCAGGUGAGCAUCUCCGCAUCUGCCCACAAGGAUACACCUGCUGCACCAGUGCCAUGGAGGAUACGCUGUCGAAUCUGAGCCGCCGGGAGUUUGAAGGCCUGGUUAGGGAAGCGGGACGUUCCAUUCAAGCCUCGCUGAAUGCCCAGUACAGGACCUUCGACACAUAUUUUCUGGAACUCCUAAAUGGCUCUGAACGGUGGUUGGAGGAGGCCUUUGUGGCCUCUUUGGGGGAUUUGUACCGGCCUAAUGCAGGAGUAUUUCGUGACCUUUACGCCGAACUGCGUCGAUAUUACAGCGGUGCCUCCCUGAACCUCGAAGAGGUCUUGGAUGAGUUCUGGAUGAGGCUCCUGGAGCGUCUUUUGAAGGCAUCUGACCCUGAGACCGCCUCCCUACUCUCUGACGAUUUCCUGGAGUGUGCCUCCAAGCAGACAGAAACCCUGCGUCCUUUUGGAGACGCUCCACGGGAGCUGAAGACCAAGCUUGUGCGAGCAUUCAUAGCUGCUCGGGCAUUCGUUCAGGGCCUUAAUGUGGCUGGAGAGAUUGUACGGAAGGUGUCUCAGGUUCCUUUGAGCCUGGAGUGUAAUCGUGCCAUUAUGAAACUGGUGUACUGCCCUCAUUGCCGAGGGCUGGGAUCAAUCAAACCUUGCGUCAACUACUGCAAGAACGUCAUGAAGGGCUGCCUGGCUAAUCAGGCUGACCUGGACACUGAGUGGCAGAGCUUUAUAGAAACCAUGCUACAGGUGGCCUCCAGUUUUGGUGCCGAGCCCAGUAUGGACACGGUGAUCUAUUCAAUUCCUGUGAGAAUCUCAGAGGCUGUUCUCGCCAUGCAGGAGAACAUGGAGAUCUAUACCAGCAAGGUUUUCAAGGCCUGUGGGGACCGUGGUGAGGAAGGAACACCGAGUUCAAUAUCUGAGGAGCCGAAAAAGAAAGGAAGUACAGUUACUGUCCUGGAAUACAAACCCAGCCCCAAAUCUGCAGCAAGACUGGAGGUGCAGGUCACAGACGUGUCCAGUAAACUGAAGGAAAUGCAGUUUUACUGGAUUCAACUCCCUUCGGCUCUGUGCAGCGGUAAAACGGCUUCUUCAACCAGCAGUGACAAAUGCUGGAACGGCAUCACAAAAGCCAGUUACCUCCCAGAGGUCAUGGGCGAUGGGCUGGCCAAUCAGAUUAAUAACCCAGAGGUAGAGAUUGACAUCACCAAGCCCGACAGGACUAUACGUCAACAGAUCAUGCUGCUGAAGAUCAUGUCAAACCGCCUGAAAAACGCACUCAAUGGCAAUGAUGUAGAUUUCCAAGACACAAGUGAUGAUUUUAGUGGCUCAGGAAGCGGCAUGUGUGCGGACCACCUGUGCGUCCGUGGUAGACCUCCAGUCUUUGGGCCGAAAACGGACAGGCCUAAACUCUACGCCUAUGCCCCUGAAAACAAAAGAGUCAAAGGAUCCGGGAACCAGAUUCAGCCUUCCGUCAUCUUACUGGUUCUGUUACUCGCGACUCUACUGCUGAGACGAUAAUGGAGACGCUAAAUCGAACUUUGGGAUCUGGGUCAGGAAAGGGAUAGGACAAGGAAUGUUUCAAAAGAAAAAGAAUAGAUAAAAAUGAGAAAAGGUGAGCUUAAAAAUUGCCAAAAGAAACCUUUUGAGUGAAUGGACAUUUUAAUUCCUCCGGAAUACGACAUGAGAAUAGGUGGAAAAGGAAGUUUGUUUCUGUGUAUGUUUAUGUUCUGUAAUAUACGUCAGAAUUAAGAGCUGACUUGUUGCAUCAAUUGACAUCUUGCUUUUUUAUCUUUGAAUGUAAAAAGAUGAACUGGACAGGAAGAAUGGCGGUGUAGAUUUACAAUACGAGGUUCUCAGCCACCUAAGCGACUUACCCACAAUUCUUUGCUUUUAAAGUCACACAGUCACCAAGUCACCUCGUGUUUCAUUUCACCAUGCUUGAGUUACGCAAGCUUGUCUUUGCACAACUGUUCUUUUUGUCUUAAAUCUUUCAGAGAUGGACAUUAAAAACAAAAAACUACAUCAGUCUGAUCCCUUUUAGAUUACAAAAUGUAUGAACUUUGGCAUGGACAUGAAUUGAAAUACAGAAUUGUUGAAUAUCUGAGGAACUGUGUAAUUAAUUGGAAUUAUGAAUGGUGUUUUUUUUUGUUUUUUUUACUGUGAUUCACUUGGUUGAGUCAGCAAUGAUUUUGUAUGAUAGCAAGCUGCAAUAAUAGAUGAAUUUCACACACAAAAAAACUGUCAGGAAAUGUUUUUCACACCAGCAUC